CUCUAAUGUAUAAUGUGUCAUGUGUGUGACGCUGUGACCUUUGGAGCGUUGGAGUGUUUAUCAGUCAGAUAACAGCUGGACUGUGAAACUCCUCAGAUCAGAAUCACACAAACACACUGAAGCUGACGGACAAGAUGGCGAACAGGAAGUCGUGUUGUGGUGCUUCGGUUCUGGAGGUCACGCUGUCCUGCCUCUUCAUCGUCAUGACGGCCGUGUGUGUGACGCUGAUCACACUGAUGGUGACCUGGAAAACACACACAGACCCGGAGCCGACUCCUCCUCCUCAACACAAGCCGUACCUGAUCGGCGUGGGCCGAGCCGACUGCACCGGGCCGCCGGCCGACGUGCCGCUGAUGGGCUACGCGAACCCUCAGCAGACGGCUGCAGGCAUACACACUCGUCUGUACAGCCGAGCCUUCAUCGUUGACGACAGGAGGAGGAGAGUCGUGUUCGUCACCGCUGACGUAGGAAUGAUCUCACAGAGGCUACGACUGGAGGUCCUCAAGGCGCUGCAGGUGAAGUACGGGGACGUCUACCGGCAGGACAACGUGGUCCUGAGUGGGACUCACACUCACUGUGGCCCAGCAGGAUACUUCCAGUACACACUGUUCAUGAUCAGCUCCAAAGGCUACAUCAAGGCGUCCAUCGAGCCGCUGGUCAACGGCAUCGUCAAGAGUAUAGACCGAGCCCAUCGCAACAUGAAGCCCGGCAGAAUCUACAGGAACAAAGGAGAAGUGGAUGACAGCAGCUUGAACAGAAGUCCUCACUCGUACCUGAACAACCCCGAGGACGAGAGAGACAGGUACCAGUGGAACACAGACAAACAGGUGUUGGUUCUGAAGUUCACUGAUGAGGACGGCGACGGGAUGGGGAUGCUCAGCUGGUUCGCCGUCCACGCCGUCAGCAUGAACUACACCAACCGCAUGGUGAGCAGCGACAACAUGGGCCACGCCUCCUACCUGCUGGAGCAGGACAAGAACCCCGGGACCUUACCUGGACAGGGGGCGUUCGUCGCUGGUUUUUCCUCCAGUAACCUCGGUGACGUGAGUCCGAACACCAGAGGACCUCACUGUAUGAACACUGGACUGUCCUGCGACUACCUGAACAGCUCGUGUCCUGUAGGAGGGACUAAGAUGUGUCAGGGAUUCGGACCUGGAAACGACAUGUUCGACAGCACGAGGCUCAUCGGACACAACAUCUAUAGGAAGGCAAAGGAGCUGUACGCCAACGCAGUUGAGGAGGUGACUGGGCCUCUGCACUCUGCUCAUCAGUGGGUCAACAUGACGGAGGUCAAAGUUCAGAUAAACAGCACACACACGGUCAGUACAUGCAAACCAGCUCUGGGUCACAGUUUCGCAGCAGGAACAACAGAUGGUGGAGGAGACCUCAACUUUACUCAGGGUGCCGUGGAAGGCGACCCGUUCUGGGACGGGAUCAGAGACGCUCUCCUGGGCGAGCCGUCCAAUGAGACGCAGGAAUGUCAUCAUCCCAAACCAAUCCUGUUCAGCACGGGGGAGAUGAACUGGCCUCUGCCGUGGCAUCCUCAGAUUGUCGAUGUUCAGAUCAUCACCAUCGGUUCAGUGGCUGUCGUAGCUGUUCCAGGAGAGAUGACCACCAUGUCCGGGAGGAGGCUGAGAGAAGCUGUGAAACAGGAGCUGGAGGCGGAGGCGACGCUCCGGGACACGGAGGUGGUGAUCGCCGGCCUCAGCAACGUGUACACUCACUACAUCACCACCUAUGAAGAGUACCAGGUGCAGCGUUAUGAAGGAGCCUCCACCAUCUAUGGUCCGCACACUCUCAGUGCCUACCUGCACAAGUACCGAGGGCUGGCCAGAGCCAUCGCACAGGACAAAGUAUCGGAGCUGCCGGUCGGACCAGAGCCUCCGUUCUUCAAGAAGCUCUUCAAUCUGCUGCUUCCGGCGCCUGUCGACAGGAAACCAGCCAACAGCAGCUUUGGAGACGUCGUGCAGCAGGUGUAUCCCGUCUACAGACAGGGUGAUGUGGUCUCAGUCACAUUCGUAGCAGGAAACCCGAGACACUCAGGAGACAUGAGAGAAAAAACCUUUGUUACCGUGGAGAUCUAUGACAAUAGAACAGCAGCCUGGGAAGUUGUGUACACUGAUGCAUCUUGGGAGACCAGGUUUCACUGGCUGAAGGGUUCAAACAAUCGGAGUAACGCCACCGUGGAGUGGCACAUCCUGCCCUCGACCCCCGGCGGCUCCUACAGGAUCAAACACUUUGGACACUUCAAACAGAUGAAAGCCCUGCGACCCGUCAUCAGCCCGUACGAAGGCUCGUCCGACGUCUUCAGAGUCACUGACAGCUUUUACUAUGAGUGACAUCACCAGUCACCAAGCUCCACCUCCCAUAGGGGGCGGGGCUUGAAACUUAAAGUAUAAAUGUGUUAAAACUCUUAUUUCGUCCGGAUAUUUCAGAAUAAUAAACUGUACAUUAUUAACUAUUCAACUGUUUAUUCAGAGAAAUAAAUGAUGGAAAAUAAACUUUAAAUAUUCUAAUAUGAAAA